CCUACACUAUCAGGCAGACAGGGCGCUGUCGGUUGCCUGUAUCUGAGUGCUUAAUAUGAUUGGGGCAUUCUUGAACUGCCGCCUGUCUUCUUGUGAUUCAACUGCGCAAGAAUGGGCCAUUCCAACCCAUCCUGAACUCUAUAGAGAAGAGAGCAUGGCUUACCAUCACCGGCAGCAAGCCUCUAUCUCUGGUCUGGGAUGGAGUAAUUUGCAAGGCAAUCUUUCUCGAGCCUUUUCCCUCUGUCUGUCAUGCUGACGGCAUCCUUAUGUGUGGUAUUCAGUUGAUGGCACUCUUCGUUCGUAAGUCAGUUAUACCACGACCUAAUUAUGGAGUCAGACAAGAGCGAACAGCAGGCUAGGCGUUCUAUCACAAAACUCAAAAUCCGCGAAAAGAUAGCCGCCUCUUUAGAUUCUGGGUCACGAGCCUCGACAAGACAGACAGUGCAUUCCAACAAGUCUUUCCUAGGGAGAUACCUGAGUAGAAAAGACGAUAAUGUUACUAAGAAAAACCAACGAGAACCACCAAAAGGGCCGUUAGGCCUCACGACCUUAUUUGAGCCAGAUGGGCAAGUUGUUGCUGAUAUCAUCUUUGUGCAUGGCCUCAACGGCGGUUCUCGAAGUACAUGGUCGAGGACUAGCCAUGGCUCGUAUUGGCCACAAGACUGGCUCUCUUGCGACGAUGCCUUCCAAGAUGUUCGCAUACAUACAUUUGGAUAUUCGUCGGGGCUUAACCGCGAAUCCAUCUUGAACAUCCGCGACUUUGCGACUAACCUUCUAGCUUGCGCUUACCAUUGCCCUGCUAUGGCGUCGAACCCCUCAGGCCGAAUCAUAUUUGUAGGUCAUAGCAUGGGGGGUUUGGUGAUCAAGAAGGCAUACAUCCUUGCGCAUCAGUUGCCAGAGUACGACAAACUAGCUAGUAGGGUGCAUGCCAUGUUCUUCCUAGCUACGCCUCAUCAAGGAGCUGGCAUCGCUCAGCUAUUGAAUCGCUUUCUAGAUUUUGCAGGACCACGACCUUUCGUCGACGACCUGAUCCCCCAGUCGGAGAUGUUGCAGACUAUCAACGAAGAAUUUCCUCGCUACUCUGACGCGUUACAGCUGUUUUCCUUUUUUGAGUCUCAACCAAUGUUCUAUGGGAUAAAGACGGGUCUCAUUGUAGAAAGACACUGUGCGGUUAUGAACUAUGCGAAUGAAAGACGCACUUACUUAGAUGCCAAUCAUCGUGACGUGGCACGAUUCACUACGCCGAAGGACUCAUCGUAUGUAUUAGUGCGGAACGCAUUAGCGACCACUGUUGAAGAUCAAAGAGCGUCAUUGAAGACGGAGAAGAGAGGGCUUGAUCAUACCGAACUAGAAGCUCUCUGCCGGUUUCUCGGCGUUUCUGGUGCCCCUGAAGAUAGCCUCAUAGCCAAUGAAUCACGGAAGCUACCUGGUUCAUGUCAGUGGUUAAUCCAAAAGGAUUCCUUCCAGCGGUGGCGGGAUGAAUUAACAUCAAAGCUCUUCUGGCUCCAAGGACGACCUGGUACUGGGAAAACUAUGCUCGCAUCGCAUGUCGUCAAUCACUUACAUGCAUCAGGCCUCGACUGCUGCUACUUUUAUUUUACUUACGGCGAUGAAGGCAAGGAAACCAUCAGUGCUUUACUACGCUCAAUGGCAUGCCAGAUGGCUGCCAUACACCGCGCGGUCUUCACCGCGAUUCUCAACAUUACCAACUCGUGGACAGUGUCGCCGGUUGACAAGGUUGAUCACGUCUCAAUGUGGCGCCAGGUCUUCACCUCUGCGCUCCUGAGGACCGAGCUUAAAAGGCCCCAGUACUGGAUCAUUGACGCUAUGGACGAGUGUAGGAAUAGCUCGGAAUUGAUGUACUUUCUCAGGAAGGCCCAAGAGGUAUGGCCGCUCUGCAUUCUUAUCACAUCAAGGACUGGCGUCGAAACAUGCCUGAGCAUAACAGAGCGGCCAAUGGAGAUUAUCUCGGAAACUAUAUUGGACGACAACAAAGGAGAUAUCGCAUCCUUUGUGGAUGGAAACCUCCAGUAUCUUCCAGCGGCGGCACGGCAAGAUAUCUCAGAUCGUAUUCUCCAUAACGCUAGGGGCUGCUUUCUAUGGGUCAGGCUCGUGCUCAGCGAACUCCGUCAAGUUCACACAGCUACUGAGAUCGACCAAGUCUUGGGCAAUGAUAAUUCUGAUAUGAACACGCUCUAUAUUAGGAUGCUUGAUGAGAUGUCCCGCGCCAAAUUCGGCAAGGAUCUAGCAAAAGCUAUCCUCACAUGGGUGACCUGCGCAUUCCGCCCGUUAACUGUUAACGAGAUUAGACUGGCACUCAAUGCGGAAUUUCAGUUGGUCGACGACGUUGAGAGAUCUAUCGGCAUCUGCAGCAACCUAGUCUUCGUUGACGCGGCCCAAAAGGUACAACUCGUUCACUUGACUGCAAGAGAGUUUUUGACUCAGAAAACCAUCGAUUCUGAGUUCAUUGUUGAUGAAUCGGCCGCACACAAGCGACUGGCACUCGUGUGCAUCCGGACCUUAUGCGGAGGGCAAGAAAACUUGAAAAAAGGAUCUGGAGCUCGACUUUUGGCAAGUGAUGCUGCCGGCGACGCCGACUCAGUGCUGUACUAUUACGCCGCUACAUAUCUCUUCCAACAUCUCCUGCGGCUCGACUGCGUAGAUGAUGAAGUAUUAGCUGGUCUGGCGAGUUUCCUCGGUUCGCGUAGGGUUCUAUUUUGGAUUGAGUAUAUGGCUAACCAGGCUGAUCUGCAACGAGUUUAUCAGGCUGGUAAGAUAUGUACGAGUCUAGUUACACGUCAAAAAAAGCAAACACCAACGGGAGACAACAAACAGAUAUCAUUGAUUGAACGAUGGGGCACUGAUUUAGCCAUGUUGGUGAAAAAAUUCGGCAAUAAAUUGAAUCAGUCUCCAUCGUGUAUACACUAUUUAAUUCCUCCAUUCUGUCCAUCCGAGUCCAUUCUUCGAAGACAAUGCGCCACUCCGUACCAUGGGCUUAGUCUACAGGGCUAUGUUUCGAAGGACUGGGACGAUUGCGUCUGUACCAUCUAUGACCCUGAAUUCUCGUACGUGCAGAACGUGGUGUCAUCAGCAACAAGGACAGCCAUAUUACUGGCAUACAGUACCGUAUUGAUAUACGAUAGGGCAACUUUUCUGAAGACCAAUACUUUCAUACACGAGGAAGGGAUUCGGAAGGUUGCAUUUAGUCAGAAUGGGAAGCUCUUCGCUACAGGAGGAGAAGAAAGUGUAAGAUUAUGGGACCUCAACUCUUCGGAACUGAUAACAUCCUUCCAAGUUCCAGCCAGGUGCAUUUUAAUUGCCUUCAUAGAAGAUGAUGAAACCCUUCUAAUCGCUUAUGAGAACCUCUCGAUAAUGUAUUGGGACAUUACAAAAAACGUAGCUUAUGGCGAACCUAUCGUUUGGAUAAAGGUGCUCGUUGAGGAGGGCAGUCCCUGGCAUAGCGGUCGAAUACCAACAAUGGUAGCUUUCAGGGCCGAACAUAAUCUCCUGGCGAUAAUAUAUCAGGAAGGGGAUAUCAUUCUUCGAACUAUCGACGGCGAGCAGAUGCACAUGUUGGAAAAUGACAGUGGGCCAUAUCAACACGAAUUAAACGGCGAUCUAUAUAUUAAACCGGCUGUUAGCACGGUGGCUUUUGGCUCGACGCUUGAAAACAAUCUCCUAGUGGUAGCAUAUGCAAAAGGCACUGUUGUUGUUUUCGACACCGACUCUGGCGAACUUCGGGGUUCCCUAGAUCAAAUCAAGGCCCACGAGAUAGCCUGUUCUCCGGACGGCCGCACAUUAGCCAUUGCAGCUCCGGGGUGCGUUGAUAUAUUUGAUCUCGUAACCCUGGAACUUAUCCAUCGAUUACAGUACGGCAACAGUAAACCUUUACCGCGAAUUAUAGCUUUUACUCCAGACGGGUUGCGUCUUCUCACCUCAGGCAGCGGUCAAAUUGAAGUAUGGGAGCCAACAGUUCCCCUUCGACGCGACCUUGAGAGCGAACCAAACGCUACAGUCUCACACUCUGUGGUAGUUGAACAUAGAGGGCCUGAAAGGGAAGACGUCAUUCCCAUCACAGCAAUAGCGUAUAUGAAAGACGCGCCACAAGUGAUAUACGCGAAAGAGGACCAAACAGUGCAUAUCUACAACAUCUCUUCCGAACCCCGUAGCCAGGAGCUGUUUACCCAUAGGCUGACGAGGAGAAUUACAUCUCUGCACUUUGACGAUGACAGUUGCCUCCUUACGGACAUUUCCGGCGGUAGAGUAACAAGCAGGAAGUUGAUCCUAGAAGCGCAAGGGAAAUGGGUCGCAAGCGAAACUCUUUAUGAAUUCAACAAGACGGUCCACCUCGGUGUUUUGCAGAUAGUUGUCUCUGCUAAGCAUGAGCGUCUUCUCAUACGCGACUAUGACAAGGCUACCCUAUGGAAUAUAGCAACCCCUAAUGCUACCAAUUACCUCGCCCGUGUGGAAAGCCAGUACACAUCAACGUGGUUCUCAUCAGCUACAAACGAAGACUUUCUGGUCCGUAUCGACGAUGGGAUUGUAACCUUUUACGAAUGGAAAAGUCUGACUCAAAUCCGUUCGGUGGGACUAAAGCUUCACGAAGAUUGGCCCGUGAGCUUCGGGUCUGUUAUAUGUGUCUGGCGCCGACGACACUUCGCUAAGGUGAAAUGGUUAAGAUCUGGCUUUUUUGGGUUGAGGGACAGUCGUGACCUUCCAUACAAAGCCGUAUUACCGUUGAGCACACCAACUGCAGCAGCAGAACCUGAAGCAAAAGAAGAAGAUGAGGACCAAAUAAACCCAGUGUUGAACUUGGAGCGACUCAAAACCAUCGCCGAGGGGAUUAUCGGGUUCUACAACGGCCGUAUAGUAUUCAUAGACCCGGACCACUGGGUCUGUUCAAUCGACAUCACCCCUUCAGAGUUGACACCAAGUACGGCCACUACAGCCGCUAGAUCGUCCCCAAUUCAAACCAGAAUUGCCCGACACUUCUUCAUCCCUGAUGAAUGGAUGAGCUUGCAUGGCAUCAUGAUGGAAGUGCGGCCAUCAGGCGAUGUGGUCGUCGCUAAGCGACAUGACCUAGCCAUCAUUCACCGCGGGCUCGAGUUUUCAGAUAAGAAGGCUAUUAGCGGUGGUAGUAGGCUUGUCGACAAUAGUGUACGGUCUGUGCCUCGGCGGUCAUCUGACAAACAAAUUAUCGCCUGAGGCUUAUGAUAUUUUGUAAUUUGAGUUUCAAAUAUGGAUGUUUGAAUAGCGCGGUAUACUAAGUUAGCGGACUAAAAACUGUUUUAUGGAAGUCGACGCAAGAUCGAAAUGCAGGAUUUGGUUAUGCAGCCUUCCAGAUAUGAAACUUUUUGAAUGUUUUUGGAUGCUCUGCGGGAAACGAUAGACCAAGAGGUUAGAUAGACAUGGCGGAAAUGUAUUGGGAUCAAUAACCAUAUAGCAGAAAAGAGACUACUGCUCGGCUGUUAGCCAACACAUUAGCGCAACAGAAUCAUCUCGCAGGGUCAUACAUUGAAGAAUAUAAACGACAUUUUGAGCCCUCCUAGUCAGAAGUAGACUUUGAAGAUCGUGUUCUUCUGCAUUCAUUGUAAGACCGCCGGCAAUUUUAACGAAAUGUCGAUGUUAAUAGCUGGACCCUUAGGGGAUUCUACCUACAUUCAUCCUCUCGGUAUCCUAGAUAUACCGAGUUUAGAAACAUGAACUAGACCCCUGGCAUACCAAGUUAGACUUUCGCUCAAAUUUUUAUGCUCAUCUUGA